AUGACCGGUAUAAGCUUCGGCGACGGUCGUGCUGCGGAUUCGGGUGGGCGAUGCACGACAAAGCAAGAAGCACUCGUCUUCUCCACCGCGCCCAUGUCUUCGUCCUUCUUCACCACGCCUGCUUCGCAGAGGAAGAGAAAGCGAACCAAUACCACAUCGAGCGCUCCAAAGAGGCGCAACACCGACAAUGAAGCCCGCCGCGCCGACCGCGACGACUCCAUCAGUGGGAGCGACGAUUCUGAUGACAAUGGCGGGCCCGUUCUAGACGAAUCUGACGACGACGACACAUCCGAGGACGAAAACGAGACAGCGGCCGAGAAGCGUCGCAGAUUAGCAGAGCGCUACCUUGACAACAUUCGCAAUGAGGUUGAGCAGGAGGUGGGCUUCGACGCUGAGCAGAUUGACAAGGACUUGAUAGCCGAGCGUCUCAAGGAAGACGUCGCAGAGGGCAAGGGAAAAAUUUACCGCUCAAUUGCCGACGAGCUGGACUUUGAGCAGGCCGAGCAUGUCACAGGUUACUCUGGUCUACAAAAGGCUACAACAGGCUGUGCUGUGAAGCUGCCAUAUGCCUGGACAAUAAGCAAGGACCUGGUGGUGGAGAAGUGGGAAAUUGCUGAUCCAAAAUCAUACGCCCCAGACCCAGCCCGUCCGUCCAAUGUCACGCCGCGCAGGACACCCAAGCGACUGUUCUGGCGCAAGGGAAACAAGAAUAAGAAGGGUGACAGGUCCUAUCUUGGCCACACUGGGGAGAUUGUCUCUAUUGCUGUUUCUGACUCUGGGAAAUAUCUCGCAACUGGCGACAAGCAUGCUCGUUUGAUCAUCUGGGAUGCAGAUACUCUCAAGCCGCGCCACCUAUUUACUCGCCAUCGCGACGCCGUUCUCUCUCUAUCUUUCCGAAGGGGCACCGAGCAGUUGUUCUCAGGCGGCGCAGAUCGCGCAGUUAUUGUGUGGAGUGCGCCAGAGUCGGCAUAUAUUGAGACGCUAGUAGGACAUCAAGAUGCAGUUGUUGGUGUUGCCGGUGGGCUCGAGACCAACCAGGAAACAUGCGUCAGUGUAGGCGCUCGAGAUCGUACAGCCCGUCUGUGGAGAGUGGUGGAGGAAAACCAGCUUGUCUUCCAGGGUGGAGUGACGACAAGACAAAAGGGCCUGGACAAGUUGCGCAAAGGCCGCUUUGCCAAUGGCCUUGCCAAACUUGAAGAGAGGGGUGAACAACAGGACAACGAAGAAGACGCCCCUAUUGUAUACGCUCAAGGCUCAAUUGAUUGCGUUGGCCUACUGGACGCCGGCCUUUUCGUCACAGCAUCGGACAAUGGUGCGCUUUCAUUGUGGUCUGUCAACAGAAAGAAGCCUCUCUUCACAUACCCACUUACUCACGGCCGGGAUCCGCCCCUAUCUCCAGAACAAAUGUCCGCCAACCAUGAUGCUGCAAUCUCAGUAAAACCCGGCCCGCGACUACCACGAUACGUCACAGCUCUCGCUACCGUACCCUUUGCCGACCUCAUCCUCACAGCAAGCUGGGACGGCUGGAUACGUGCAUGGAAAAUCACAGCGGACAGGAAGAGCAUCGAGCCCGUUGGCAAGAUUGGCUGUGUACCUCUUGACGAAGACGAAUCAGAAGCCGAAGAUGCAAUCCUCAUCCGAGGUAUCGUCAACGGCCUCGCCAUCCAAGAGAGAGGAGAUCGAGGCAAGGAUGGCUUGUGUGUUGUAGCUGCUGUAGGAAAGGAACCAAGAUUAGCCAGGUGGAUGUCAGGAAAAGUUAAGAACGGAAUCUGCGUCUUUGAAGUACCUAGGAAACAUCUCACCUCCAACGGUACAGAGGAUGACGAGGAGGCGGAAAGUGGUGCUGAGGAAGCCUAGAAAGGCAGAAAAGCGAAUUUUGCAUUUUCAGGCGUUGACCGUUGAGUGCAUCACAGAAUUGAUACCACAACAAUCUCAUUGCGCAAAUCUUUACGUCUGUUAAACUUUUAAUGUUAUAUCAAGUGUUUGGUUGUUGAAAA